CUCCCGAAAAGGACAAAAAAACGGGGUAAUACAGACAGAGAGGAAAAGAGGGAGAGAAAAUAACAAACGCUGCUGGAACGAAAGAGCGAGCUCAAGCGCACUGGGAGCGACCCAGGGUCAAAACUUUGAAAAAUACAUAUAUAUUUCACAGACAAAGGAGUGUCGACUUUUGCUCAUUUCUUUAUUUUAUAGAACUUGGGCACGCUGACAUCAUAAUUAUUUUGCAUAAGAGGACAGCAUAACCGAUCACCAUGACGACUGAAAUGCAGGAGAUCGCCAUCACAGAGGAGAAGCCUUUACUGCCGGGUCAGUCGGACACUGUGAAGGACGCAGAGAUCGCGGCCCGAAUACUGCUGGAUCAAGGCCAGGAACACUGUGUCGAGACGUCUCACGGCGUGCUGCACGUGACGGUUCACGGCGCCGGAAACGUCCGCAGACCGGCCAUUCUGACCUUCCAUGAUGUGGGAAUGGACAGUAAGAGCUGCUUCUCCACCCUGUUUAAGUUUGAGGAGAUGCAGGAGAUCGUGAAGAACUUUACUGUGGUCCAUGUGGAUGCUCCGGGACAAGAGGACGGCGCGGCCAUUUAUCCUGCCGGAUACCAGUAUGCAACUAUGGAUCAGAUCUCUGAUAUGCUUCCAGCUGUCCUGCAGUAUUUUAAUUUCCGCACAAUUAUCGGUGUAGGAGUUGGAGCUGGCGCUUACAUACUGUCCAAGUUCACUUUGACUAACCCUGAGGCCGUGGAAGGGCUCGUUCUGAUCAACGUCGACACAAACGCACGAGGCUGGAUGGACUGGGCAGCACAGAAGCUCUCCAAUCUGACGUCUUCCCUCUCAGACCAAAUCCUGAGUCACCUCUUCAGUCAGGAAGAGAUGUCGGCAAACACAGAGCUCAUUCAGACUCACAGAGAGAGAAUCUCUAAAGCGCCAAACCUCAUCAACAUUGAACUCUUCUGGAAGAGCUACCAGGGUCGUAGAGAUCUGAACAUCGAGAGGAAUAACACGUUCAAAUGUCCUGUGAUGUUGGUGGUCGGUGAUCAGGCUCCGUAUGAGGAAGCAGCUGUGAGUCUUUAUAUCAGUCAGUCAGUCAAAAAAUCAAACAAACAACAGCAACAACAAAAUCAUUUAUCCACAGAAACCCACAGGGUUAUUCUGACUGCACGUCUGUUUCUGUCCACCUAGGUGGGAGU